CUUCCACGCGCCCCCCCUCCAAAUAGACAAGACGGACUAAAACUAAAAAGUACGGCUCCAGUCCUACUAACUCUCACUACGCACGGCGCUACUAAGUCGUAGCACAAGCAGAUCAGUCUCUCUUUUAUCCACUGUCCAUCCUUCUGGCCGUCUCUCCCUCUUCCCUUUCCCAUAUCGGCCACUGUCUUUCGUUUCCCCGCGACUGUCCUUGCCCUUCAAAUUAGUCUUCUUUAUUUCUUUUUUCCCUUUUUAGACUUGUCUCGAUUCUCUUUCCUUCCCUUCGUUAUUUCAUAUUUUUUGGCUUUGAUCCCCGUCCAUCUCUCUCUUUUCUCUCUCUUUCUUUUACUUCAUCAUCUGUCUCCCGGUACCUUUGAUCGUGAUCGUCCCGAAUCCAAAAAGGGUUGGCUCGUAUCGACCAGAGGUUCCUGUCUUUCCUUCUAUCAGAUAUAACUAUACCGUACAUUCACACCAGAAGACGUUGCAUACUCGCAGUCUUAUCUAUAAAACCCUAAUUCGGACUUGCACUCUUCUGCCUUCAGUCAUUCAUUCACCCAGAGCAUCAAGAGACAUCUUACAUUCAUUCAGCAACUACACUGCUCGACAUCAAUCUGGAACCAACAUAGACUAUACAUAUAAUAAUACUCUCAAGAGGUAAAGCAGUAUUCGCUUGAUCCUCAACGUCUUCAUCAUUGGUUCGUGGAAGGAAAUGUGCUAUAUCAUGCAGGAUGCCUAUACUGAUACCUCGUCUUCUAGUCACAAUGGACGCUACAUAUACGAUGGCACCAACGGUGCAAGGACAACCAUCAUUUGCAUACUACCCCACUGCUGAUUCACAAAGACAACAAUACACAAGUCACCCGGCUGAACCCCAGCCAUACUAUGGACAUGUGCAAGCCUUCCCUCAGCAACAUUGCCUACCCGAGCAACAACCGGUGUAUAACGCUCAACCCAUGAUGAACAUGCAUCAGAUGGCUACUACCAAUGCCUUCCGGGGAGCAAUGAACAUGACUCCCAUCGCCUCCCCUCAACCAUCUCACCUGAAGCCCACAAUUGUCGUCCAGCAGGGUUCCCCAGCCCUCAUGCCUUUGGACACAAGGUUCGUCGGCGACUACUAUAGCUUUCCUUCUACCCCUCCACUCUCCACCGCUGGAAGUUCUAUCAGCAGCCCACCAUCUAGCAGUGGCACACUGCACACCCCGAUCAAUGACUGCUUUUUCUCAUUCGAAAAGGUGGAAGGUGUAAAGGAGGGUUGUGAAGGUGACGUCCAUGCUGAGCUUCUAGCCAGUGCCGACUGGGCUCGGUCAGCGACUUCGCCUCCUAUGACUCCUGUUUUCAUUAACCCCAAUACUCUCACCCCCAGUCAGAGCUCAGACUUCCUGUCUGCCAAUGGCUCUUGCCCCUCUCUUUCUCCUUCGCCAUCUCCUGUAUCUUCCUUGUUUGCUCCGUCUCAGUCGGCUUUCCCUGUUGAGCAGGCUACCUCCGACUUCUGUGAUCCUCGGCAGUUGACUGUCGAGUCUUCCGUGCACACAUCUUCUCCCGCCGAGUUGCCUCCUCUGCCCACUCUCUCCUGUGAUGAGGAGGAACCCAAGGUGGUUUUGGGAAGCGAGGCUGUGACUUUGCCCGUUCAUGAGAACCCAUCUCCCGCUUACACUAGCUCUACCGAGGACCCCCUCGGUUCGUUGCCCACCUUUGACAGCUUUUCAGACCUUGAUUCGGAGGACGAAUUUGUCAACCGCCUCGUUGAUUUCCAUCCCAGCGGUAACGCCUACUACAUGGGUGAAAAGAGACAGCGUCUCAGCACAUACUCUUUCGAGGACGAGGAGUUUCUGAGCGAGCACAGCUUGGAAGAUUCUUCAGACGAUCUGGAUCUGGCCCAGUCUGGCCUUUCUUUCUUGGGAUGUACUGAUUUUGCCCCGGUCCAGAGUGAUGCCGGCGAGACCUCGGAUGAGACGAAGGCGAAGAAGCGAAGCAACUCGCGCAAGUCUCUGAAGAGAGCAAACUCUGAGGAUCAGGAUGCUCUCAAGAAGGCACAGGUGGCGGUCAACAGCCGGGCCAACAGUACCGAGGCCCACGCGGCUCAGCAGGCCACUGCUCCGUCCCGCGCAACCUCGGAAGCCAAUGUAUCUAGCUCUUCCGAGGCCCCAACUGUUCCUGUGUCGGUGAACCGCCGGGGUCGUAAGCAAUCCCUGACGGAUGAUCCUUCCAAGACCUUCGUCUGCUCUCUCUGCUCUCGUCGUUUCCGUCGUCAGGAGCACCUGAAGCGUCACUACCGCUCUCUGCACACCCAGGACAAACCCUUCGAGUGCAAUGAGUGUGGUAAGAAGUUUUCUCGGAGUGACAACCUUGCACAACAUGCCAGGACCCACGCCGGUGGUUCUAUCGUAAUGGGCGUCCUGGACACGAACAAUGCAUCUCAACGAUAUGAGGAACGUGACGCGAGUGCUAUGGGUGCUGUGCUCUAUGAAGCUGCCAAUGCUGCGGCAACCAAGUCGACGACUAGCGAAUCAUCCGAAGAUGGUGUUUCUGACGCACCCUCUGUCGAUCGUCGAUCUGCUAAGAAGCGCAAGCGUGAUGAACAUGCUUAGUUGCUUCCAUUGCCGUUUGCAACUUCACGACGCGAUGUGACCAGGAGCUCCACCCCCCUUACUACUUAAUACACACUAUCAUAAUUACUCUACCAUUGCACCGGUUGGUCUGACUUUUGUCUUUGCGAUAUUGGCGUCUGGGCAUUUACAUUGGCGGUGUCAGGUGGGAGGCUAAGGUGUCUGGCAAAAGGAUUUCCGUUUCUUACACAGGGGAAAAGAGAAACAUAAUACAACAUAUGGUCUUUACCAAGAAAGACUUUACAUUGGGAGGCAUUAGACCGGUUGUCUGGGCUGCAACGGAUUCGGCGCACUGGGAGUCCACGGUUUGGACUAAACUUAGAGCGCCAUGACGACUUCUCGUUUUGAGGCACAGGUGGUGAUUUGGGAUUUCUCUUUUUUUUUUUUUUUUUAUUUU